CAACCGUCUCCAGCCGCCACCCCUGGUUGCCCCUGCUGCUGUUCUGCGCCUACCCUCCUAUGGUGUGAUCCUCCCCUCCUCCCCUGCUACUGUUGUUCUCCUCCCCUCCCCUCCCCUCCCCUGGUUGCUGCUCCUGCUGUUGUGCUCCUCCCCUCCUCCCCUGGUUGGUGUGGCUGCUGGUGUGCUCCUCCCCUUGCUGCUGCUUAACUCACGUCAGACUCAUCGACCAUGAGUCUAGACUAGUCUAGAGUCGCCCCCCCUGAGCGACUCGUCGACUCAUCGACUCGAAAACAUUGGAACCACCUCUCGCAGUCCAACAAUGGAGGGCCUCCUCGACAAGCCCCUGAACCCGAACAAGCUUCUUAAGGAGCAAUUCGUGAGCAACCUGACGGGGUCGUCCCUGCUGGAGAUCGCGGCGCUCUCCACUAUCGUGCCGGCAGUGGUGGUUUUAAGGAAAUGGAGCAGCAGAGAUAAUAUUAGGAGGGAUUCAGUGAAGAAAAAUGAUGAUGCUCUUGCUGGUCAUAAAGAUGGAGUGUAUUACUUUUCAGCGUUGGUUAUAGAUUUUCUCACUGUUGUAUUGCCUAUACUUCUGAUUUUCACGAUCUUAGCUGAAUGGGCUUAUAUUUGUGCAAUUUCUCUUGUAGCUGUGAUAUCUAUCUACAUCUUGUUUAAAAGGUCUCAGUCUCAUCUCAAGGCUCAACAACAUCUGCCUUCUCUUAGGGCAGACAUAUCUUCUUACCGAGUGUCAGUGGUUUUAGUGACAUGCGUGUCCAUAUUGGCAGUGGAUUUCAAAAUCUUUCCUAGACGGUAUGCAAAGGCUGAAACAUAUGGUAGUGGCAUUAUGGAUCUCGGAGUAGGGUCUUUUGUAGUGGCUAAUGCACUAGUGUCUAGACAAGCACGAAACAUAACCUCAUUGAGAUGGAAGGCAGCACUGAAGUCCAUAAGUCCUCUAGUAUUUCUUGGCUUUGCUCGUCUUAUCUCUACAUCAGGUGUUGAUUAUCAGGUACAUGUAGGAGAAUAUGGUGUCCAUUGGAACUUCUUUUUCACCCUUGCAGCAGUUUCUAUCCUUACAUCCAUUAUCAGGAUUCAUCCUAAAUAUUGCGGGACAGUUGGUAUGCUUGUUCUUGCAGGAUACCAGGUAUGGCUAAAUUUUGGGUUGAAUAAGUAUCUCACAUCUGAUGAGAGAAGUGGUGAUAUCAUUGGCCAGAAUAAGGAAGGCGUGUAUAGCAUAUUUGGAUACUGGGGUAUGUACCUGAUUGGUGUAUCUCUGGGUUACUUUUUGUUUCAUGACCUUAGUUCAAAAGGAAAGAUUAGGAGCACUCAAGUGGUAAAAGUAUGGGUUCUCGCAGCAUCAUUUUGGAUUUUGGCAAUCAUUCUUGACAGCUAUGUUGAAAGAGUCUCUCGACGAAUGUGCAACUUCGCCUAUGUUAUGCUUGUGUUUGGCCAGAAUUUUCAGGUUAUAUCUAUUCUCACACUAGCGGGGUCCAUUUCACAUGACAAGAAUUUGGUUCUUGAGGAAGCAUUCAAUCAAAAUAUGCUUGGCGCAUUCCUUGUGGCAAAUAUCCUAACUGGUCUAGUAAAUCUCUCAGUUGACACGCUUUCGGCCUCUCCCCUCGCUGCCUUCAUGAUUUUGAAUUCUUGAACAGAAGGCCCACUGUGCUCUAUUAUCAACCACUUUACUACAAGAGAUACUACAUUACAUGUCAGAUGCCAACAUAUCCUGACUUAAGCAAUAGCUUGAGCACCAUGCAGCUCCCAUCGUCAUCUGACGGCGACAUCUUGGCUGGCUGAAAAAGACAAAGUGGAUGCAACUACAAAGCAAACUUUUUUCCCUCUGAAGAUGAGCUUGCAGCUGAACAUGCAGACAGUACGUGAAAAAUAGGAACACCAUGUAUUUUGUAGAAACAUAUUCAAGAUGCAAGGUCAACAAAAUUAUCUGGUUGGAUAAGAAUAAACUUUAUGCUAAAGACCAUGUCAAUGAUACUGCUUAAGAUUUUGUACUUGAUCAUGGCUCUUACU